AUGGCGGCGGAGGCCCGGCGGGAAAUGGCCGCUGCGGCGCCCCGUAGUUCGGCUGAACGCGUGACGGCUCAAGGCGUGGCAGUGCCCGCCGCGGUACGGCGAGCCGGCGGGGUCACGCCGUGCACGCCCCUCUCGCGAGACGGCGGCGCUGGGGCGGGCGCACGUGCGCGCGCGGUGAGGGACCGGGACCCGCCGCGGCCCGAGGGGCCUCCGGUAACACUGACGCCGCCCCCCGGGUCCCCCCGCUCUGCUCAGCUCCCGCCUGGCGGCUCCCACACCCGCCCGCUCCCUUUCCUCCGGAGCCGCGGCGCUGCCGCCCCUCGCAGCGAUCCCCCCCCGGUGCUUGCACCGAGCAUCCUCCCGGCUCCCUCCUUGCCGUCAGCCCCGGCACCGCCCCGCCCUGCGAGCCCGCCCCUCAUCAGGUACCCGAACUGCAUCCCCUCGGCUCCCCCAAUCCCCUCAGUUCUGCUCCCACAAAUCCCCCCCAGCUGCCCCCGUCGCACCGUGUCCGUGAUCCCCACGGUGUCCGGUGUCCCACACCCGCCCUCACUUUUGCUCCCUGACCACCCAACACCGCCCCCGCGCUUAUUUGGGGUGUUCACGAACACCCCAGCAUCAUCACACCCGCCCUGUGCCCAUCUACCGGCUGUCCUUGUCCCCUUUCCCUGA